AAAUGACGUUCGUUGUUGUCGAGUUCCGGGAAGCCGAGUGGGGAAUGCACGGGCUCUUGAAAGUGCGUCAAUAACAUUAUCGAGGAUUUUUCGUUGUCUAACAAUGAGGACCAGCUGCUGACUGACAGAUGGCCUUAUUCCAAGAAGGGAUAUCAGCAAGCAACACCAUGGAAACAUCUAACUUUGCCCAUGUCAUCUUCCAGAAUGUAGGGAAGAGCUAUCUCCCCCACGCUGCUCUGGAGUGCCACUACACUCUCACGCAGUUCAUCACACCUCACCCCAAGGAUUGGGUUGGAAUAUUCAAGGUUGGCUGGAGCACAGCACGGGACUACUACACCUUCCUGUGGUCUCCUCUGCCAGAGGACUACUCGCCAGGCACCGCAGUUAACAGAUCGGUGGUUUUUCAAGGUUACUAUGUUCCUAAUGAUGACGGAGAGUUCUACCAGUUCUGUUACGUCACGCAUAAAGGAGAGAUCCGUGGGGCAAGCACCCCUUUCCAAUUCCGUGCCAACAGCCCCACUGAAGAGGAGCUGCUGACCGUGGAGGACGAGGGUGGAUCAGAUAUCCUGGUCGUCACCACCAAGGCCAGCUACCUGGAGCAAAAGAUGGAGGAGGUGCGCGUGGAGAAGGAGCAGCUGCUGAAGAGCCUGGCGCUCCUGCAAAAGGAGAAGGAAGAGCUGAUGGAGGAGAGGGACAGACUGCAGAAGGAGUGCGAGCAGGAGCGGGAGAGCAGCGCCCAGCUGAGGAGGGAGGUGCAGGAGCUGCAGCUCUCCGCUCAGAGCCUGCAGGAGGAGAGGGAGGAGGUGAAGAGGAGGCUGGAGGACAGCACAGCGCGGCUUCUGCAGCUGGAGGAGGACCUGAUUGGGGUCACCAAGAAGGGCCUGCAGAAGGAGACGGAGCUGGACUGCCUGAAGGAUCGUGUGAAGAAACUCACUGUGGAGAAGGAAGCACUAGAGUCUCAGCUGAAGAAUGAGAAGGACGAGAAAGAGCUGUACAAGAUUCACCUGAAGAAUCGGGAGCUGGAGAACACCAAGCUGAGUGCCGAGCUGCAGAUGCUGAGAUCGGUGGACGUGAAUAAGGAGAACACUAUCGCCCAGCUGAGGGAGGAGCUGACCCGCGCCAAAGCCUGCCUGGCUGAGAAAGACAAGCAGCACCGCCAGUUAUUGGCCAACAGCUCACCCUCGGGGGAGAGCCGGGCCCUGCGGGAGCAGCUGCGGCAGAAGGAGGAGCAGCUGCAGGCCACCCAGCAGCAGGCCGCCAUGCUGUCCGCCGAGCUGCGCGACUCGUCGAGCGCGCGCGACCGUGGCAUCGCCGACCUCUAUCAUGCACGCCUGGAGGCCAAAUCGCUGCGGCAGGGCCAGGCCGAGGCUCGGGCCGAGGCCGACCGCCUGGAAAAGCAGCUGGAGGAGAUGAGGAGCUCCGCCGAGCAGGAGGCGUGUAGGGAGUUGGAGGGUUCGGUGGUGGCCGAGCUGCAGAGGGAGGUGGAGGACCUGAAGCUCAGGCUACAGAUGGCUGCAGAACAUUAUAAGGAGAAGUACAAGGAGUGCCAGAGGCUGCAGAAACAGGUGGUCAAGCUCUCCGAGCAGCAAGGGGUAAAGAGAAGUCCAGGUUCAGAGACAGCAGCUGGUCCUUUGUCUGCCGGCCCAGAGGCGUCAGUGCCAGGAAGCCCUGGCUCCUCUGACACCGUGCUGGACGCCAUCAUCCAGGGCAAGCUGAAGGGCAUCAGCAAGGAGGCGUCCGAGAAGACCGAGAAGUACCGGAAGUGCAAACAGAUGUUGAGUGAGGAGAAGGAGCGCAACAGCGUGCUGAUGGACGAGCUGGCGAAGCUGGAGCUGAAGAUGAAGGAGCAGGUGAAGGCCAAUGAAAGCCUAAAGCUGCAACUGGCUUCCGAGGAGGAUCGCUACAAGAGCCAGGUGGCAGCCAAAGGCCGUGAGCUGAAGGAGCUGAAGGACAACCUGGCGGCCUUGUCCAAAGAGAAGGAGAAGCUGGAGGGGGAGUUGCAGAGAAGCACGAGCCGUGAGGAAGAGGACGACUUCCUGCAGUACCCGCUGCCAUACCCCCAGGACACGCCCUCUCCUCUCCUGGUGGGCCAGCGCCCCACAGACCUGAUGUUCGGCAACCCCUACUUGUCUGAAACCAGGGACAGCGCAGAUGGGGAAUUCUCAGACGAGCACAUGCCCAGGCUGCCUCCUACCGGCCCUCCGUCCUGGGAUAGCAACGUGGUAUGCAGCCAGCCUGCACGCAACCUCAGCCGCCCGGAUGGCCUGGAGGAGCCUGAGGAGCAGGCGAUCACUCAGGCCGAUGAUCAGCCUGCAGUCAACGACCCGCCCACCAACUUCCUAAACGACACGCCCUUCUGCUUUGAAUCCAGCGCGGAGCUGCAGAAGCGCUGUCCGCUGUGCGAGGUCAUCUUCCCGCCACACUACGACCAGUCCAAGUUUGAGGAGCACGUGGAGAGCCACUGGAAGGUCUGCCCCAUGUGCAGCGAGCAGUUCCCCCUGGACUGCGACCAGCAGCUCUUUGAGAAGCACGUGCUCACACACUUCGACAGCAGCAACGUGCUCAACUUUGACUAGCCGCGGCGGGUCGGCUGAAAAGGCGCACCUCCAGUUCUGCCUUAGACGCAGGUUUAGCGCCUCGUAACUGCUGCCGUUCACUCUUAGUCACAUGUUAUGCAGGGAGCAUCCACUUGUAGGAAAUCACUUAAUUAGCUCUUCACUUUUACAUUUUUUGGGUUUGGUUUGCUGCAUUUGAAGCCUGCAUUCUGCAUAAGCGAUGAGGAGGCCGGAGAUGACGCAGAGUGAUGUUGGGGUUACUAUUUAUUAGUAGUGAGUUUUGUUUCUAUAGUCACAGCUGUACUGACUCAGUCCCUGUCACUUCACCACACUCAUAAUGCAGCCCGAGAGGCGAUUCGCCAUAAUAUUGGAGAAACGUCAUCUUAACAUCUGAAGCAGUGUUCAGGCUUAAUGGAAUAUGUCAGGUAUUGCCUACUUUCUCUUCUAGCACAGUUAUGUAUUGUCAGGGCAAAAAUAGUAGUUUAUAUGCUAUGAACGAUUUAGCUGAUUCUAUAUCAUAAAAUAAUCUAUUUUAGAAUAACCUUUUAAGAUCAUUGCAGAAGUACAAAAACAGGCUUUAACUGUUUGAUAGGUUUUAGUUUCUAUGAUUAAAUCAAACUGAAACAAACUCAUUAUAAUUUAGUUGCAUGCUUUUCCUCUGUUACUGUGCACUGAAUUUAAGAUCUCUUGGUCUGGUUGCCUUGCUACAAAUUAAGCCUGGUCUUUGACUAUAAAGGUAAGCAAAUCACAAAUAAAAGGAUUUUGAUUUAGUCUAUGGUUGUUCAGGAGGGCUUUAGGCCAAAAAACCCAUUGACAGGGCUACAUGUUACGAUCAUUUUACAUAAAAGCGCAUUGGAUCACAUUAGCUCUGUUAAUGACCCCUCCGUCUGAAGCAUUACCAUGCUGAAUGGCCCAGUGUCAGACCUAAUCCGUAUUAUUCGAGCAGCUCAUGCUGCAUUUUCUUUGGUUUAAGUUAAAGCUAUUUGGUCCUUUAGAUACCUUAUCAUUGUAUGUAUGUAUGUAUGUAUGUAUGUAUGUAUGUAUGUAUGUAUGUAUGUGUGUGUGUCUUCUAUAUCAGAUCACCAAUAAAGAUUUUGUUUGGAGGAAUAA